AUGUCUUCCAACGUCCUCGCCGACCGGGACAUCAACGCCUCCGCUGCGACCAAGAUCCCCGAGUACAAGCCUAAUCAAGAGAAGGGCGACGUCAAAAGCAUGGAGUACCACCGCCAGGUCCUGCAGUCCAAGCUUGAGGAGUCUCAAGGAAAGCAAACAUACAUCUCCCCCUCCGACAACAUCAUGAGCCCCUGCACCGCAAAGCUCAGUGCCUACCGCAGCAAGCAAGUUGGAAAAGCCAAGCCCAAGUCCCUCUUCGCAAAGACCUCGUCCAAGAACCUCAGUGUCGGUGCCGGUGCCAGCGGCGGCGGCUUAUUCGCAUCCAAACCCGUCCCUAACGCCAACACCGACGGCGAGGAUGAGAAGAUGGAAGGCCAAUAA